AUCAGCAUCAAGCUAAGGUCACUCUCAUUCGGGAACAUACCCAGCUGCACUGCACCACACCAGUAUAGGAGUUUUUCUGCAAAUCUACAGCCAAAAUGUCUCUGUCAAACAAACUCACUUUGGACAAGGUGGAUGUGAAAGGAAAACGCGUGAUCAUGAGGGUUGACUUCAAUGUCCCUAUGAAAGACAAGACAAUAACAAAUAAUCAGAGAAUCAAGGCUGCAGUCCCAUCAAUUCAGCACUGCUUAGAUAAUGGGGCCAAAGCUGUUGUCCUGAUGAGCCACUUGGGCCGUCCUGAUGGAGUCCCCAUGCCAGACAAGUACUCUCUGGAGCCUGUGGCUGCAGAACUCAAGAGCCUGCUGGGAAAAGAUGUUCAGUUCCUGAAGGACUGUGUGGGUCCAGAUGUGGAGAAAGCCUGUGCAGACCCACCUGCAGGUUCUGUCAUUCUGCUGGAGAACCUGCGUUUCCAUCUGGCUGAGGAGGGCAAGGGCAAAGAUGCAUCGGGGAACAAGACCAAAGCAAGUCAAGCGGAAAUCGAUUCUUUCAGAGCCUCAUUGUCCAAGCUGGGUGAUGUUUACGUCAAUGAUGCCUUUGGAACUGCGCACAGAGCUCACAGCUCCAUGGUUGGAGUGAAUCUCCCUCAGAAGGCAGCUGGUUUUCUAAUGAAGAAGGAGCUGGACUACUUUGCCAUGGCCCUCGAGAAACCACAGAGGCCUUUCCUGGCCAUUCUUGGGGGGGCCAAGGUCAAAGAUAAGAUUCAGCUGAUCAACAACAUGUUGGACAAGGUGAAUGAGAUGAUCAUUGGUGGAGGAAUGGCCUUUACCUUCCUCAAGGUUCUCAAGAACAUGGAGAUCGGCACUUCCUUGUAUGAUGAAGAGGGUGCCAAAAUUGUGAAAGACCUCAUGGCUAAAGCAGAGAAGAAUGGCGUUAAGAUCUCACUUCCUGUUGACUUCAUCACUGCAGACAAGUUUGACGAGAAGGCGGCAACAGGGACCGCAUCAGUAGCAGAUGGUAUUCCAGCUGGCUGGAUGGGUCUGGACUGUGGUCCUGAGAGCUCAAAGCUCUAUGCGGAGGCUGUAGCCAGAGCCAAGCAGAUUGUGUGGAACGGACCUGUUGGUGUGUUCGAAUGGGACAACUUUUCUCGUGGAACCAAGAACUUGAUGGAUAAAGUUGUGGAAGCGACCAAAAAUGGCUGCAUCACCAUUAUUGGUGGGGGAGACACAGCAACCUGCUGUGCCAAGUGGGACACAGAAGACAAGGUCAGUCAUGUCAGCACAGGAGGUGGAGCCAGUCUGGAGCUGCUGGAGGGUAAAGUGUUGCCUGGUGUUGAUGCCCUCAGCAAUGUUUAAGCGCUCUGAGGCUCUUCAGCCAGAGGCUGGGUGCUCGUCUCCCAAGAAGCUGUCAUCCUUAUUCACUCAGCAUUCUAUAACCUAUUGUGGAUGCAAAAGACAACUACUCCACUCUCUAUGGACAGCUAACAGUAUGCUGUGCUAGACUUCCUGACCUGGGCUGAGUUUCCCAAAAGCAUUGUGAGCUAAGUUGAUCAUAGAGACUAUUGGUUGCAAUGGUUCUAGCAAUGGUUCUACGAUCUACUUAGGCUUACAAUGCUUUUAGGAAACACAGCCCUGUUCACUCAUACACAUCCAUCUGUUUUUCUUCUAUCAAAUUACCAAAAGAGUUUCUCAUUCAAGAUAUUUCCAUUCGUUAUGAGCAAAAGGUUGACAUCAGCAGUAAUGACGGUUCCUGUUAUGAUUGUUGCUUAAGUGUUUAUGUGUGUCCCGUUGUAGUCUGAAUGUGUGCAUUCAGUGUAAACCGCUGUGUGUUGUAAUUCUAGAAUUUAUAUUUGGUAUUUGUUGCCUCCCCACAAAUGUUGAGGACUUGUAAUAAUGUAGACACUUUCUUCCCCAUAUUGCACUUGUCAUCCUAGACCUGCAGCUUAUGAGAUAGAUGUGCCGCACUGGAAUUAUUAUAAUGGCUAAUGUUAGACCCAGGUGAGCUGUCUUGGAAAAAGAAUGAUAAUAAUAAAAUAUAUCAGCUGUU